UGUCACAAGCGUUAGCUCGCUGGUGCUGCUGGCUGCUACAGGCCGCUCGCUCUGCCAUUCACUUGUGGUGAAGAAGAAGAAGAAAAGGAAGAGGAGAGAGAGAGAGAUAGACAGAGCCUGGUUUCUCUGUGUGUGUUCAUUCGCUCAGUGGUCACAGUGGUGGAGAGACGUACGCAACAAGGCUCUCGUUUGUGUCGUGUGUCUGUGGUGUGGCCCUUGAUCGUCAUAUCUCUUUCUAAGCUUAAGUGGUGGUGUAAUGCAUCUCAGUGCUUGCUCAUGGCUCCAGUGUGUCACAAUUGUGCCCUGAAAGUCGUCUUAACAGAGACCCUUCGGGUAUAUGAUAGGUCUCUGCUGCCGUAGAAGAGUGAGCCAGUGUCAUACGAUUGUUUUCCCCUCUCUCCCCCCGACAGAGAGAGAGAAAGAUAGACCUGAAGGGGCAGCAGAAAAGCCAUAAGCGUAUCGUGUGACAUACCCCCUUCGAGAUCAGCAUCAUAUUAUUGAUCUCUGGAUCUUUUUCGUGUGGUUUCAGUGCUUUUUUGAAGACUUGAAGUUUGAAAUUUAAGAUGUGGCCCGUUGGCAGUACGCAUUGUCAGGGUGGUGUGAUAAACCCAAGCAGCCCCACAAACUCUUCGUCGGGUCUUCAUUGCGCCCUUAACAGAGACGAAGGUGCCAGACCCAAGACGACGACGUCUAAUACGACUCUAGACAUUUCAAAGUCUCACUACGAUUCACAUCACGACUCGGGCUUCCUCUCGGGCUCCAACUUGAUGUCCUCCUCGAGCAUCGGCUGUGACGAACCCCACAGCCCCACGACGGCCACUGCUGUCAGUAUGACGGGAGGGGACGGUGGUGGAGGAGGAGGGCCCCCCCGAGAGAGCAACCCUCAUGACCUGAAGUCACCCACCACGUCGGCGACGUCCAUCGGACACCUCGAUUCCGGAAUAGACAUUUCCGAACAGUUGAGUUCCCUCCACUUGGCGUCUCCCACGACGUCCGCCUCCCCUUGCAGCACGAGCAGCGAGGUCGACCUCACAAACGCUACGACUCGAAAAACGACGUCGCCUAGGCCUACGAGGUCACGCCUCGGACUUAAUCAGGCUCAAGUAGCACUCCUCCAGGAGAUAUUCCAGACUGACGAAGAUGGUGAUACGCAGUUGCACGUGGCUGUGAUGAGAGGGUUUAUCGAAGUGGUGUACCACAUUACUCGUCUCUUACCUCAUCAGGCAUUCCUGGAUCUCCCAAAUCAUACCGGAAGGACGGCGUUACAUUUGGCAGUGUCCACGGGCGACUCCGGAGUCGCAAGACAUCUGGUUGUUUGCGGGGCGUCUCCAGUAGCGAGAGACCGCAGGGGCAACACGCCCUUGCACUCCGCCAGUGCCCAGGGCGACCUUCGCAUGGUGACCCAGUUAACCAGACCCGUAACCGUGGCUGAGGUCAUGAAUGCCAGGCUCUCCUAUGCCCCUGCCCACACAGCCGGACUUCUGGCUGCAGAUCUGACCAACUAUGACGGUCAGACUUGUAUUCAUAUCGCAGCGCAAGAAGGACACAAAGAAAUCCUGCAACACUUGACGUGGUACGGAGCAGACAUCAAUGCAAGGGAAGGGAAGAGCGGGCGAACUGCGUUGCACUACGCCGUGGAGGCACGUGACCAGGCCCUUGUCGCCUUCUUGGCCGAAUCCUGUCGGGCGUCUCUCACUCUGGAGACCUACGCUGGCCUUACGCCUUAUCAGCUGGCGUUAGCAAACGGAGCCACGGGAAUAGCCAAUCUUUUGCUAAGCAUGGGCGCCCCUGGUGACGCCCUCCCAGCCUACCUCACAGCAGAUGAUGACCUGGACUACGAUGAGGUCACUGGACCAGUUGAGAUUAGCAACGGUUGGGGAGGCAUGGAUGACCUAAGAAUCGGUGGGGUUCCUGUGCCCAUGUCAAUGCCAGUUUCAGUGAAUGACAGCACCCCUUUCAACCCUGACAGAUAUCUUUAAAGGAAUGCCUCUGCCGCCAUGAGGUUUAAUUCAAGAAAAUAUUUUUUCGUCCCUUUUCCGUUUAGGGAAUGGAAAACUGGCAGAGAGGACCAUCUAGCCAGGGUCUUGCAUGGGAAUUGUCAUUUGAUCCUGAUAAGGGUGUUUACAGAGCCUAAGGACGCUGUGGGCAGGAAUGCUCGUUGGGAGUGUUUCUUUCAUUUGGUCAAAUCCAGAAUGAAAAACGUCCCUAUGCUUUAUUUUGGAAGAUUCGGGAGUUUCUGGACAAGUUCUUUGCAAGGGAGCAGCAUCCUUUGCUGAAUUAAAGGAAAACUGCAAAUAUACUUUGGUAUUCAGUCAGUUGUGUGCGUUGCGUUUACUGUUGAAAGACCGUGUUAUUGAUUCAGUCUGAAAUUUUUCUCGAAGGGUGAAAUGUUCUCAGUGAUUAGUUAACUGUAUUAUUAAAAAAAUAGCUAUGACAUGAAAGUGAGAUUGGCUAUAAGUGACAGGGUGGUACCUUGUACUUGGCGUUUGUUUUGUACAAGAUAUACUUAAUACCAAACUCAGAGUCAAGUGGAAUGGACAAUGUCAAUUUACAAACAGCACUGGAGCAUUUUCCAUCUUGAGAGUGGAUUUUUGUAUAGUAUACAUAAUAUCCUAGUGCUGUACAUGUAUAUUUUCUUUUCCAUUGAUAGUCCAUUAAGAAUAUUUUUUUAUUGGUAAGAUUUAAAAAAGGUUAAUUUGCCCCUUGAGAAAUGGCAGUUGAAUUUUUUUUUUUUUUUUUUUUUUUUUUUUUUUUUUUUUUUUUUUUUUUUUUUUAUUGAGAGAGGCCAUGUUCAUAUGUCUGCUUCUCGCUUUAUUUUAGAGUAGAACGAUUGAAUAUCUGUGAUCUCAAUCAGUGGAGUAGAUGGUCAAAAUGGGUACGUCACAUUAAGUACAUGAAUCUUUUUAUUAGGAAAUUUUUAUUUUGAAAAUUGUUUUCAAUCAGUGGAAAUGCGAUACAAUGUUACACAGGCAGUGUUAUCCCUUUAAAUGCAAAUUGAAAAUAUGUAACUAUGAGUAAUUUCUUUAGGCAUUGCUUGAUUGUUGAAAUGGCACAGAACCAUAUGUCACGGAAGUAAGUUGGUUCAGUGCCAAGAAAAUAUACAAGUAAAUAUUUUCAUUGCUCUUGGAUAACUAGAAGCUUAUGUUAGCCAUUUUUUUCAGACAAAUUUGGAGCUUGCAUGAAAGCAAGGUUUCAUUGUCUUUAGUAAGUGCUUGAGUAAUAUGUUGCUAAAGUCAGUCAUGGAAUUACAGUAGUGAAGUAUGAAACAGAAUACUACUUAGUUUCUAGUCGUCUUAGAGAGGUUUGAGGGUCAACAUAUUUCCUUAACUAUUGAUUGUAGUUUAGCAUUGCACUGCCUUUUAACUUAAGACAUCUGAAUGCGAGCUGAAAAGAAGUGAUAAAAGCAUUACCUGGGGAAUCUUAUUAGGAAAAGUCGAAAUACUUAGCAAACUAGUUCGUAUUUAAUGUAUAUUUGUACCUGCCAUAUACUUGCAUGAUUAAUCAAAAGCACUGUCGAGGAAGAAAAUAAGGUGAGGACGUCAUAAUAUUAUGAUAGCAACACUGGAUGUGUAGUCCAAAUCAAUUUGUAUUCUCAGCAUGAUAUCAGUCAAAAUCUGCAUGAGGAAUUCAUGAAUGGAAGGCCAGAAUGUCUUUGGUAGUCAAAAUGUGAAAAACAAAGAUUUAAGUGUUGGAGAAUAUAUAUAUAUUUUUCAAGAGAGAAAAUAUUAAAUUGCUAUAAUAUAUAUAUAACUGUACACUGAACUUGUUCAAUACAAACCCAUUUAAGUAUAUUCCAUUGAUUUCAUGGUGCCCAGCUUUUCUACUAUAACUCUUGUUUUUCUUUGCACUUAGGAAUAUAGUUACAUCAUUUGGCUGUUGUGUUAAAGAUAUAUAUGGUUUAUUUUAUAUAUAUAUAUAUAUCUACAUUACAGUUUUAAAUAAUAUUCUGACAACGUUAGGUAUAUUUAAUUUAUCAACACUGUACAUUGUUAUUUCUUCUGGUAAGAGUUCAUUAGUCCUCUCUAUUGCUACAAAUCCAAAAAGCAAAGUUACUUGCUAUGUUAAUUUAAAAUCAUGUGUAUUUAUAAUUUUCCACAGUGAAUAGACAUUUAGAACUUGUGAAUACUAGUUACAUUUCAACUUUGGAAUGCAAGAUCCUAAUGGAAGAAACAAGUCUUGUUUACGAGUCCUAGUGAUCAAAUGUAUUGUGAUGCUGUAUACCAGUUUUUCUUUUUUUUAAUAUGGUAUUGUAGCUUAUAUAUAUACAAGGGUAGGCAGUAUUAGCCUCCUUCCCAAGAUGUUGAAUGCUGGAAAUACAUCUUUCUAUUCCUUAACAUUGAAACCUCUUAUUGUUCUGUAAAUAUUAUGCUGUAUAUAUAUAUAUUUGUACAACAUUGUCUGGUCCUAAUUUUUUGUCUAAUAAAAUUUAUUUAUUUAUAA